AUGGAAGAGGCAUCAAGGACCUUGGACCAAAUUGGUAAAAGGAACAUGGUUAUUAAAUUGGGUUGUUUCUGGAACUUUUGCAGAUCACGAUCAAGAAGCAGAUCUCCACUGCCUUCGAAACACACAAGUAAAAGCCCGAAGAAACACAUAAGUAAAAGUCCAAAGAAGCGUAGUCCUAGCCGGAGUCCAAGCCGGAGCCGGAGUAGGAGCAGGAGUUUGUCACGGUAUUCUUGA